UCCCGUCACACGGCGGCGCGCCGGUGAAACAUGGCGGACGUAGAAGGAGAUGAUGAUCGCGGCGCUCCGACGUGCCCGGUAACGCUGUCCACGGCGUCUCGACACGACUCCGGGGGACAGACCGUGACGGCGGGACCACGUAUCGUUCGGAUUAUUAAAUCGGAGUCGGGCUACGGGUUUAACGUCCGCGGGCAGGUCAGCGAAGGCGGCCAGCUGCGCAGCAUUAACGGGGAGCUGUACGCGCCUCUGCAGCACGUCAGCGCCGUGUUACCCGGGGGGGCGGCACACAGGGCAGGAGUACUGAAAGGAGACCGGAUACUAGAGGUGAAUGGCGUGAGUGUGGAAGGCGCUACACAUAAGCAAGUGGUAGACCUGAUCCGGACAGGAGAGAAAGAGCUGGUGCUCGCUGUUCUGUCUGUUCCACCACAAGAAGUAGAUGGACUGGACUCUGGAGAGGACGGUUCAGCUCCCCUCAGUUAUGACUACAGUGACAAGCAGGCUGUGCCCAUCUCCAUCCCCACCUACAAGCACGUGGAGCAGCACGGAGAAAGAUUUGUUGUAUAUAAUAUCUAUCUAUCUGGCAGACAGCUGUGCUCAAAGCGCUACCGGGAGUUUUCUAUUCUGCACCAGAACAUGAAGAGAGAGUUUGCCUCGUACCCAUUUCCCAAACUCCCAGGGAAAUGGCCUUUCUCUCUCUCUGACCAACAGCUAGAUGCCCGUAGGAGAGGCCUGGAGGAAUACUUGGAGAAAGUGUGUUCAGUGAGGAUCAUUGGAGAGAGUGACAUUAUGCAAGAGUUCCUCUCGGAGUCAGAUGAGAACUAUAACGGUGUAACUGACGUAGAGUUGCGAAUAGCGAUGCCAGAUAAGACCACCAUUUCAGUGAGAGUGCGCAAAAACUGCACCACUGAUCAAGUGUACCAGGCCCUAGUGAUGAAGGUUGGAAUAGACAGCAUCAUGGCCAGUUACUUUGCCCUUUUUGAAGUGAUCAACCACUCCUUUGUUCGUAAGUUGGCCCCUAACGAGUUCCCCCACAAGCUGUAUGUGCAGAACUACACGUCUGCGGUGCCGGGGACCUGUCUGGCGCUGCGGAAGUGGCUUUUCAGCGUAGAAGAGCAAGAGCUUCUCCAGGAAAAUCCUCUAGCUCUCCAUUACUGCUUCCACCAGGCGCAGGACGAUGUGAAGAAGGGAUUCAUCAAAGCAGAGGAAAAGUCCUAUCAGCUUCAGAAGUUAGCGGAGCAGAGAAAGAUGGCUACGUACCUGAAUUUGCUCCGCACAUGUGAGGGCUAUAAUGAAGUAGCGUUUCCCCAUUGCCCAUGUGACUCACGGAGGAGAGGUCAUGUGAUUGCCGCUGUCAGCAUUCACCAUUUCAAACUUCACGCUUGCACUGAGGAUGGCACACUGGAGAACCAGGUUAUAGUUUUCGAAUGGUCUGAGAUGCAGAGGUGGGACACAGACGAGGAGGGAAUGGCUUUCUGCUUUGAAUAUGUACGAGGGGAGAAAAAGCCUCGCUGGGUCAAGAUCUUUACUCCUUAUUUUAACUACAUGCACGAGUGCUUUGAGAGGAUUUUCUAUGAGCUCAGCUGGAGGAAAGAGGUGGAAGAGGAGGCUUCAGACAAAGACAACAAGAAUUGCAAUGAGUACCUCCCUCCACUGGAACAGCAGAAGCGAUGGCACCACCUAGGGAAAGAAAUUGCCACCACUUAGGAAGACCUUUCUCUGGACACCAGCAAAAACUGACCUGGGUGACAAAACUAGAAGAAAAAAAAAAAAAAAAAAAAAAAAAAACAACCACCAGGUUAACAGCCCAGGUACUUCUGUGCUGCAGAGGGCUCUGAGAGGAAUUAUUUCCAGGGUAACACAUUAUAGCUGGUUGUUUCGCUACAGAUGGACAGCACAUAAAAGUAUUGUCAUCUUGGCAUCAGUAGAUAAAGCUCUUUAUAAAUUAAAUUAUAAACAUCACAGCUAAUAAUCAUUUGCAGAACGUCUGCUAGCAGUCCUGGGAACAGGUUCUCAUUUUCCUGUUAUCUGGCCAUUGCUCGGCUCAAGACGCCAUUCAUUAAAGAAGGGCACAUUGUCACCGUUCAUCGUUCAAUCGUCACGAUCGAGUCCUGAGCCUCAAGGCCGCUGUAACUCAUGCCAGCAGAUUUAAAUUUCAAUAGAAAAAGUUUUUAUAGGUUGAUGGACAGCAGUUCAGCUUGAGGAGCUUUAACUAAUAUGGGAAUUGAGGUAACUAAUGUAGGUUUGAGGUUUAGACAUAAAGGUAGUUUAAAAGGUGUCAUGUUACGUCACUAACCCCAAGGAUUAAUCUUGAACAAUGCUUGGAAAGGUGUUUGUUGGCUGUCAGCUGGUUACGUAGGGUUAACUGUGUGUUUCUAAAGGCGAUUAAACAGGCACUGUGUAAAGGUAAGGGCUGUUUGGAGGCUUUAAGCCUGAUGCUUGAGAUUGAACAGCAAAGCUAAACACACUGAGAUUUCAGAUACCUAUUCUAUACUUGUUUCUGGAGAUUUUGGACAGCAGUGUGUAGGAAUGCUGAGCAAUAGGUUGUUGAGGUGAAGUUCUCUCGUCUUCCUAUAGGGGGCAGCAGAACUACAUAUGCACACACAAGGAUCUGUCUUCACUGUAAUGUGUAAGAAUGGAGGGAGAACAAAUCGAGUAGGAACAAUUUUGAUACGUAUUUAAUUUGUGUUCAGCUCUUAACACAGAAUUUGUGUGCUUGUGUGUGUGUGUUUUAACUCUUAAGUGGUUAAAGUUGGAUCUUCCAGACUCCUCAGAGCAGUGAUUCUCUGGGGGUUCAGUAAUCUACCAGAAGCAUGGAAGUGCACACAGUUCAUAUAGGAGUGCAAAAGAGAAGGAGACGGUUAUAAUAGAUACACAAGGUCCGUGUUGCUCUGACGAUUUGCAUCGAGGCCACCUGAAUCACUAGGAAACAGAUGGCAUCAAAGCAAAUAUAUCGCAGGUUGAUUGUAUAUUUAGAAAUUUAAACAAAUGCUUUCUUGAUGAAUAUUUCUAUCCUUCCUUCAUUCCUUCUGUCCUUCCUUCCCUACUUCCUUCCGUCCGUCGCAGCGGUUGGCUGUGACUGUGGGAUUCUGUGUGUUCAGUGUAUAAGUGGGUCAGUAGAUGUGUGUCUGUGCCAUAGUGCUUCCUUCAAAAGAGACAAAAUAGGAACGAACCAGUUCACCAUUCCAAUCCUACUUUAGCUAACCUUGAAAGCUGAUGCUAAAGCUAAUGUCGUUAUACCUGCUCUACCUGUGCGUGCUCACACGUCUUCGUCCGUAAACGUCCCACCGUUUGGCAGCACACGACGUCAGCGUCGAUUCCAGACUGAACGAGGAAAAACAAACACAAUAAUAGACAUAUAUUUCACAUGUUGAAUGUAUUGUCUGUUUGUUUUUUUUUUUUAGCAACCAUAGGGUUAGCUGGUUAUUUUGUGGUGUUUGUUGUGCGUUUAUCGUACUGUUAACCAGCGCUACACAAAGUAGGCUGUAUGUUUGUGUUCAUCCCAAACAUCUAAAAAUAAUAUGAACGUACUAGAAUGUAUUUGCAAGGCAAAUGGUUUCCUUUUCCUCGUGUAGAGUAAAAUUUUGCAGCUGAAAUGUGACAGAUACAAAGGGACCACAGCAGGCUGAUAAUAAUGAAAGUUCAUUUUUAGAUCAUAUAUAUAUAUGUUUUGGUUCUGUUUUAUUUCUCCCCCUCAGUUGCAUGACAUGUUGGAGGGUUUUGUCAGGUGAUGCGCUGGUCUGAAAAUGCAUUUGUCUUUGUGUGUUUUUCUUGUAAGUGUACUGCUUAUGUGUCCUUUUGACAAAGCAUUCACUGUCACCUUUGACUGAAAUGAUUAAUUUAUUAUUUCCUUUUCAGUCAGCGAUAAUGAAGCCUAUUUGUGGUAGGCGAUUAACUUGAGGGCUUGAAGGGGAAGGGAUUUAAUUUAUAAGUGGAAAUGGAGAAACAGUAAUGCUUUAUUUCAUAUAGCUUCAUAAAAACAGCAAAACAAAA